AUUUUUUAAAAAUUAAAAAAAAAAAUUUUUCGACUGUGUUUAAAAAAUAGUAAAAAAAGAUUCGAAGAAUUUUUAUCGCUGUUGUUUAUUUAAUGGAAAGAUGAAUACUUUAAUUUUUAUGACAAUUUUAUAUUUGCAAUAUUUUGAGUUACACAGCUCAGAACCUAACGAAACUUGCCCGAAACCACUACCAGGAUGCAAGUUAAAUAUGAUGGUCAAUUGGUGGUCUAUUCAACCGUAUAUAUCUUACAGCGCAUCAAAUAAUCCAGAAGGAUAUCUAAAAAAACUUGUAGAAUUGUUAAUACAAGAUUGCUGUGGAAGUUGUGUGAACUUUCAAUAUGCAAACCCGGCUAAUGACUCUGAAGCAUUAAAAGAUCAAAUAGGUCUUAAUGGCUCUGUUAUCAGUUUUCCAAUCUAUGGAGAUCAAAGUACAAUCAAGUUUAAGAGCGUUCCUUUUUUUUCUGUUAUUGAAGCUCCUGGCAUUAUAUACUUGCAAGGACCACAAGUUCCAGGUGCAACAUCAGAAGCUGUUUUAUCAGCAGUUUUCCAAGGAUGGCCAAUUCUUCUACUCACACUUGUUAUGGCAGCUCUUUCAGGAAUGAUUAUGUGGGCUUUAGAUUCCUACUGGAAUCCCCAACAUUUUCCAAAUUCAUUUGUUAGAGGAUCUUGGGAAGGUUUUUGGUGGGCAUUUGUUUCCAUGACUACAGUUGGCUAUGGAGAUCGUGCUCCCAAAUCUUUUGUUGCAAGAGUGUUUGCAUUUUUUUGGGUGUUGGUAGGUCUAGUUAUAAUAUCAAUAUUUACUGCAACAGUCACAACUUCUUUAACAGCCCUCUCACUUGGUACUUCAAUUAAAUUAUAUGGAAGUUAUGUUGUUGCUAUGGAAAAUUCUGCUGAGCAAAGAUAUGCUGUACAAAGCAACGCAAAAGUUUUUCCAGUUAACAAUGCUCAAGAUUUUGUUAACACAGUCAUAAAAAAAUCAACACCUUCUGGUGACUCAAUAGCUGGUGGUGUUGUUGACAGCUACCUUGCAGGAAAAUAUCCAUUUAAUUCAACAAGUUUACAAUUUGGUAUGGUAAUUGACUAUCAGUACACAUAUGGAUUUGUGAUAACCAAUGACUUAAAUAACCAAGCUGUUGAAAAAUGCUUACGUCAACAAUUAAAUUCACGUGAAAGUUAUAUAGCUGAUAUAGUACUUAACAUGAAAGCCUAUCCGUUACCAGCAUUGACAGCUGCUCAGCAAACAUCGACAAGUUUGUUUGAUCCAACCAGCCAAAUUUUUCUUAGAGCGGUUUAUGGAUGUCUUGGAUUAAUUUUCUUUUUUUCUGUUUGUUGUCUUAUUUGGGAAUAUUGCUACUGGAAACCUAAAAUGAAAAAAAAAAAUAAAAAUGCUAAAGUUGAAGCCAAACGCAUUUUAACACCACAUACAUCAUUCGAGGAACUUGUAGCUGCCCAGUGUCAAGAUUUGGAAGAAAAAUUGGUUGAUCAAGUUACGAAUUUCUACAAAGAGUUUCACAAAAAACUAAACAAAAUACGAAAACAACAUUCCAUCGCUUCAACGGAGUUAAACAACAAAGCAUUAUUAAGUAAUAAUUCCGAAAGUUCUACCGUUUAAGCGUAUACCACUGUUGCCCAUAACGAAACGGAACUAUCAGUAACAGUAACACUGUCUCAAAACUUUUGUUUAUUAUAAAUCUUUUUUCAAAUUAACGCAUGAAAAUCAUCAGAUAUCUUCAAUAAUAAAA